UUGUGAUUACACCAAGCUAAGUAGUUAAGACAUAUAAACGGAGUGCAUAUUUCUAAUUUAUUUAUCUUAGUGGUCAUGACCUUAAUUUGCUGCUUAAUAUUUUAACCGGCAACCCAAUUCCAUUCUUGUGUUGAAGGAAUUAGUAUAGUUUUAGAUGAUACAUCUUCCUUGUGGAACAUAAAGAACCCCAAAAUGCGACUGUGUUUGGUUGACUAGAAUAGAUGCUGGAAUGGAAUGCAUUAUUUCAAAGAAUUAGGGAAGACAUGCUUGGUUAGUACUUACGAAUGCACUUACGCAUUACCAAAUGAGUACCUGUUCCUUCUUCUCAUAUCAAUUCCAUAUGGCAAUGGGGGUGGAAAUUACAUGAUAUCCCUGAAUCUAUUAAAGAAAAGAAACCCUAUAGAUCAAAUCAAACCAACAGAUUACAUCAGCUCGACUUUUGUUUUCUUAACUUCCAUAUGUACCUCUGUUUACUAUGACCAAUUGGUGGCACAUACUGCUGAUACAAAAUAUCAAGCAAAAUCUAAUACAAUGUGGACAACUCAGAUGGUGAGGAGGACCACUCAAAUUGAGAGUACAGCAAUGAAUACAUGGCUAGGAUGAGGGGGAUAAUGAGUUAAAUGAACUCUCUAUUCAUCCUUGUAAUCAAUAUCUAAUUUCUAAAAUAUAAAACUAUAACUUGAUUUGUUUUGUUUGCCUUUUCCUUUUGUCAAUGAUGCUUUUUUUUGGCCAUUAUAUUCAACAUGUUAAUUUUGAGUCCAAACAUGGAAGUUUCUUCUAAGAACGCUAGUUAUUUUUGCGUUACAACUACACCUCUCAAUUGGUCUUGUCCAAAAAUUUGCUUUUUGGUUAGGUAAGUGAGUUUGUUUGCUUGUUUAAUUGUUGCGUUAAGUAGAACUAUAAAUGGAUUACCAACUGUGCAUUUUUGUCUAUAAAGGUCAUGUUGCUGGCAAAGAAUAAACAGAUCGAUCAUCAUGAAAAACAAACAUGACGGGCAAUCAACAAGUAACGGAGGUGGCAAACUAUCAAGGAUCUCUUAGUUUCCAUAUACCCCCUGAUUUGGCAGGAUGUUACCCCUUCAUCCAGAAGUUCCCGUAGUAUCCAGCAUCGUAGUUCUAGGUAUGAUUCAACAGAGCAUGGCAUGCGUAGAAGUGAUUCCAGAGAUCACCCAAGAAGUGAAAGUAGGGGGUCAAGGAGAUAUAGUACUGACAGGGAUGAGCGGGACCAUUCAGAAUCACCUCGUCAUGGAAAAGAGUACAGAGAGUAUGGGAAUAAGAGAAGCAGAUAUGAAAGUUCAAGAAGGACACCUGGCAGAUCUGAUUGGGAUGAUGGAAGAUGGGAAUGGGAAGAUACACCACGUCGUGAUAGUCGUUCUAGUAGUAGCAGACAUCAUCAACCUUCACCAUCACCAAUGUUGCUUGGUGCUUCUCCUGAUGCACGAUUAGUAUCCCCUUGGCUGGGAAGCAAUACUCCUCAAUCUGGGCAUGCUGCUUCUCCCUGGGACAGUGUGGCACCGUCGCCAGUUCCAAUCAGGGCAUCUGGGUCAGUUAGAUCUUCAAGUUCAAGAUCUGGUGGAAGGUCUCGGCAACCACUCUCUGCGGAAAAUCCCCUACCCUCUGAGAAUGAAGAUUUUGAAAAGGAAAAGUUUCACAAUACAGAGAUAACUGAGAGUAUGCGGUUAGAGAUGGAAUACAACUCUGAUCGUGCAUGGUAUGACAGUGAAGAAGGCAAUACUCUGUUUGAUGCCGACAGCUCAUCAUUUUAUCUUGGCGACGUGGCAUCUGUCCAGAAGAAAGAAGCAGAGGUUACGAAAAGACUGGUUCGUAGGGAUGGAACCCAAAUGACACUUGCUCAGAGCAAAAAGCUGUCGCAACUUACUGCAGAUAAUGCUCAAUGGGAGGAUCGGCAGCUUCUGAGAUCCGGAGCUGUCAGAGGUACAGAGGUCCAGACAGAAUUUGAUGACGAGGAAGAACGGAGGGUUAUUCUUCUUGUUCAUGAUACAAAGCCUCCGUUCUUGGAUGGGAGGAUUGUGUUUACUAAGCAAGCAGAACCUGUAAUGCCUCUAAAGGAUCCUACAUCAGAUAUGGCUAUUAUUUCAAGAAAAGGUUCCAACCUUGUUCGUGAAGUUCAUGAAAAACAAAGUAUGAAUAAAUCCCGUCAACGCUUUUGGGAACUUGCUGGUUCAAAGCUUGGUAAUAUUCUUGGUGUUGAGAAGACGGCAGAGCAGAUCGAUGCUGAUACGGCAGUAGUCGGUGAAGAUGGUGAAGUUGAUUUCAAGGAAGAUGCAAAGUUUGCACAACAUCUGAAAAAGGGUGAAGCAGUGAGCGAUUUUGCCAAGUCAAAAUCACUAUCUCAACAACGACAAUAUCUGCCUAUAUUUUCUGUGCGAGAUGAAUUGUUGCAGGUGGUACGAGAGAAUCAAGUGGUGGUGGUUGUAGGUGAAACUGGUUCUGGAAAGACAACACAAUUGACCCAGUAUUUACAUGAAGAUGGUUAUACAACAAAUGGCAUAGUUGGUUGCACUCAACCAAGACGUGUGGCAGCAAUGAGUGUCGCCAAAAGAGUUAGCGAAGAGAUGGAAACAGAGCUAGGCAAUUUGGUCGGAUAUGCUAUUCGUUUUGAGGAUGUUACUGGUCCCAAGACUGUUAUAAAGUACAUGACUGAUGGUGUGCUUCUACGUGAAACGUUGAAAGAUUCAGAUCUUGACAAAUACCGUGUCGUUGUGAUGGACGAAGCCCAUGAAAGAUCAUUGAACACGGAUGUACUGUUCGGGAUCCUUAAGAAAGUUGUUGCCAGGCGUCGGGAUUUCAAGCUUAUCGUCACUUCUGCUACCCUCAAUGCACAGAAAUUUUCAAACUUUUUUGGGAGUGUCCCAAUCUUCCACAUUCCCGGGAGAACAUUUCCCGUCCAAACCUUGUAUAGCAAAAGCCCGUGUGAAGAUUAUGUCGAAGCUGCCGUAAAACAAGCGAUGACGAUCCACAUCACGAGUGCCCCUGGUGACAUACUCAUCUUCAUGACGGGCCAAGAUGAGAUUGAGGCAACCUGUUAUGCUCUAUCGGAACGUAUGGAACAGCUCGUUGCUUCAACUAGGCAAGCGGUCUCCAACCUCUUGAUCCUCCCCAUUUACUCCCAACUUCCUGCCGACUUGCAAGCUAAAAUUUUCGAGAAACCUGAAGACGGGGCUCGCAAAUGCAUCGUGGCUACAAACAUUGCCGAAACGUCGUUGACAGUGGACGGAAUCUUUUACGUCAUUGACACAGGGUACGGUAAAAUGAAGGUGUACAAUCCACGGAUGGGUAUGGAUGCUCUCCAGGUGUUUCCCGUCAGCCGUGCUGCCGCUGAUCAGCGGGCGGGGAGAGCCGGUAGGACCGGGCCGGGAACUUGCUAUCGUCUUUAUACAGAGAGCGCGUACCAAAAUGAAAUGCUUCCCCAACCUGUUCCAGAAAUUCAGAGGACUAAUCUCGGUAAUGUGGUUUUGUUACUCAAAUCUCUUAAAGUCGAGAACCUGUUGGACUUCGACUUCAUGGAUCCACCUCCGCAAGAUAACAUCCUUAACUCGAUGUACCAGCUGUGGGUUUUGGGUGCGUUAAACAACGUCGGGGCUCUAACCGAUCUCGGAUGGAAAAUGGUUGAGUUCCCACUGGAUCCUCCUCUGGCUAAGAUGCUCUUAAUGGGAGAACAAUUGGAAUGUCUGAAUGAAGUUCUCACCAUCGUCUCCAUGCUCUCGGUACCGUCGGUUUUCUUCCGGCCGAAAGACCGAGCAGAAGAAAGCGACGCCGCUCGAGAAAAAUUCUUCGUUCCCGAAUCCGAUCAUUUAACUUUACUCAACGUCUACCAGCAAUGGAAAGCUAACCAAUACCGCGGAGAUUGGUGUAACGAUCAUUUUCUCCAAGUGAAAGGGCUGAAAAAGGCUCGAGAAGUGAGAUCUCAACUUUUGGACAUAUUAAAAACGCUCAAAAUCCCUCUCACAUCUUGCGGGCCCGAUUGGGACAUCGUGAGAAAAGCCAUAUGUUCAGCAUAUUUCCAUAACGCCGCGAGACUAAAAGGAGUCGGAGAAUACGUCAACUGUAGGAACGGGAUGCCAUGCCAUUUGCACCCGAGCAGUGCGUUAUAUGGGUUAGGUUACACGCCCGAUUACGUGGUGUACCACGAGCUGAUCUUAACAACCAAGGAAUACAUGCAGUGUGCAACGUCGGUCGAACCGCAAUGGUUAGCGGAACUAGGGCCGAUGUUUUUCUCCGUUAAGGAUUCGGAUACGUCGAUGUUGGAGCAUAAAAAGAAGCAGAAAGAAGAGAAAUCGGCUAUGGAAGAAGAAAUGGAAGCUCUGCGAAAACAACAAGCGGAAACCGAGAUACGAAAUAAGGCGAAAGAACGAGCGAAGAGGAUGAAACAGCAGCAAACGAUUUCUAUGCCUGGAUUGAAGCAAGGUUCUUCGACGUAUUUGAGACCUAAAAGAUUGGGUUUGUGAAAUUGAAAUAUUGUUUGUAUAAUUUAAAAGUUCAGAGAUUUAUUUUGGAAAAGAAAAAGAAAAAAAGAAGAGAGAACAGAGAUUUAAUGGAGUAGUUUCUUGUAACACUUGAAUUUAUGAUUAUGGUAAUUGGAUGCUGUAGUAAAUACGAAUUCAGAGA